AUGAGAGCCCCGUACUACCUGUCGGUGCGGGUUGUGCUACCGGUUGUUUCUGCCGAAAAACUCUUCCAUCCGCCCACGCACCCCACAGGCGACCGUACCCCUUCGACAGAGAUAUUUGCCCCUGGAACGUUUGAGGAUCGAUGUCAGACAUGCUGUUUUGUGCCGCCGGCCUAUACGGUCCUGCUUGUUCCCAACUAUAUUCUUGCGACCGCCGGCGGGACGUGGAUAGUCAAUGCAGCGACCUCCAUCUCCACUCGAACAUCAUCGGCCAAUGACAUCAACGCACUUGGGCGUCCACUUCCGCAAAAGGCUGGUCGCCCAACCGACGCCACCGCAUUGCUUUCCCCGAAAAAUAUUGGCAUAUACACAAGUAGCUUGCUGCAGAGCCGGGCCUCAAGAUUGUUCAGUUAUCAAACAAGCAUCUGGGUUCUUUUCAUUAUAGCACUAUGCGUUCUAUGGGUCGCGCCUCCUGCCCUUGUAAGCGAGUGGCAAAAGAGCUGGUACGAGACCGGCCAGAUGAGUCUGGAAAGUCCCGAAGAGGAGCCCAAACCUAUAGCUGGAGCUGGCAUCCAGCAUGACUUCAAUGCGAUAUCUCGUCGCAUUCCAGGCGGCAAGGCUAUGCCCGUUUUCCGUCGCUUACUUUGUGGUAUGAGACCAGGUUCCGAUGGAGAGGGCUCAAUGUACAUCUUCAGAAACGGGCAGCAGUAUGUGAACCCGAUAGAUCAAGACCGCUGGAAAGUGGGAUGCACGGGCUCCAAAGUAGGCGUGAAGAAGCGCAUGGCGCAAUGGGGAAGACAGUGUGGCCACUCUCCAGUGCUGAUCGGUGAAUGGAAGGUCAAUUGCCACAGAUUAUGCGAGAAUUUGAUACAUUCCGAGCUGAAGUUGAAGGGAAGGUGGCUGGGAAACGUGCAAUAUGACGACGCCAGCCAGUAUGACCAGCGGAGACAGCAGCCAGUCGGCGGCCAGCAGUACGAUUAUAGGCGGGCGGACUAUCUAGCAACGGGGCCAUUGCACGGUAUCCGCCUGAUUGCACCCCUUGGAACUGCCAACGCACUGAAUAACGGGUUAAGGAUUCUUCAGCAUGCUACGAGAGCUAGGGCUUUCGGAUAUGGAACGAAAGAUGUUCGCGCAGUUCUUGUCGCUCAGGCAUGCCCCGUGAAAAUUCUUGGAACGGUAUUUGCACUUGGCGGCUUCAGCCGUGGAGGAAGCUACCCCACGCAGCGCAUCGCCAACGGAAACACCCUUUCACUGGGAACCUCGCAAGCACAGCGCCCACUCGAUCCCACAGCACACCGCGGAGUGCGAGUGACCUUCAGCGUUCACAAUCGCGCACCGCUUGCACGUUCGCGCUGUUGGGAGUCUGCGCUCGCGCUCUGGAGUCUGAUUCAGCUCGGCUCGUGCGCUGACUGA